CCCCCUCCCCAACUACCACGCCACACUACCUCUGGAAAUACUGAAGCAGUGGUUGAAUACCGAGCAGCGAAUACUAAUGUCCCCGGGACGCCGGCGCGUAUCUCCCCGCCCGGCGGCGUCCGCUGUCCUGUCGCCUCACUUCACCUCUGGCCAGGACGACGUGCCGCACGAGAGAGCAGCGCACCGCUUCAUCGGGGCGGCAAUAAAAACAUUUACUUUUGGUGGUGCGAGUUGGCCCUCGCCCUCAGUCACCAGCGGCCACUGGGCCGCCCUGCCAGUUGAUCGUUUGACCGAGGUUGGAGCUGGAGCUGCAGUGGUCACCAGUAGCGGUCCCCUGCCCGCCCGCCCGCAGCCACGCCGCGCCAAGCCCCCACACCAGAAGCUUGUUUUUGCACGGCCAGCGGUUUUUGUCUUUGUCAUCUACUACGGCUGAGUUAGGCCCUGUGGUCCGCCCGUCGUCCGUCUCCGUCCGCCCGUCCGGUGCCCGGUGCGCAGGGCCGACAACUUAGACUGCUCCAGCCAGCAGUCGCCCGGCUUGCCGCCAGACACCCCCUUACUUGAAACAUGUGGCUGCUGCUGGCGCUGCUGCUGGCGGGGGCGGCGCUGGCGCUGAGGCUGUGGCUGCGGCGUGCGCGCGACCUGCCCCCGGGGCCGUGGGGGCUGCCCGUGCUCGGCUACCUGCCCUGGCUGGACCGCCUCCGCCCCCACGAGACGCUGGCGGCGCUGGCGCUGCGCUACGGGCCCAUCUUCACCGUGCCCAUGGGGGGCGUGACGGCCGUGGUGCUGGCCGAGGAGGCGCUCGUCCGGACCGCCCUGGCCAGGGAGGCGUGCUCGGGGCGCGCGCCGCUGUACCUCACGCACGGGCUCAUGCAGGGCCACGGGCUGAUCUGCGCGGAGGGCCCCAUGUGGCGGGACCAGCGGCGCCUGGUGGCCGCCGCACUCAAGAACUUGGGUGCCGUGCGCAGCCCAGGACCGCGGCGUGACCGACUCCAGGAGCGGGUCUGCAGAGGGGUGCGCGCCUUCGUGCAGAGUGUGACGGAGGCCUCCCGGCAGCAGGACGGUGUGGUGGACCCCCACGCGCACCUCACUGAGGCCGUGGGCAACGUGGUCAACUCGGUGGUGUUUGGCCGCACGUGGGCGCCGGACGACCCCACGUGGCUGUGGCUGCAGCGCAUCCAGGACGAGGGCACCAAGCUCAUCGGCGUGGCGGGCGCCAUCAACUUCCUGCCCUUCUUGCGACUGCUGCCCCAGAAUGGGCGCGCCAUCCGCUGGCUCAAGGAGGGCCAGCGCUCGCAGCACGGCCUGUACGCGGAGCUGGUCGCCGAGGUGCGAUCGGGCCUGGGCGAGGCGGACGACCAGGACGACGACGGCUGCGGUGCCCCGGACAAUCUGCUGACGGCGUGGCUGCGCGAGUCCGCGCGCCGCCCGGACAGCCCCUUCUACACGGACCGGCAGCUGCACUACCUCCUGGCCGACCUGUUCGGCGCCGCCCUCGACACCACCGUGACCACGCUGCGCUGGCUGCUGCUGUUUGUGGCCGCCAACCCCGUCGCUCAGGAGCGCGUGCACCGGGAGCUGGACGCGGUCCUGGGCGGCCGCGAGCCCACCCUGGACGACCAGGCCGCCCUGCCCUACACGCAGGCCACCAUCAUGGAGACGCAGCGCAUCCGCUCCGUCACCCCGCUCGGCAUCCCCCACGGCGUCGUCGAGGAUACGACCCUGGAUGGCUUCAGGAUCCCGAAGGGCACCAUGUUGGUGCCGCUGCAGUGGGCGAUUCACAUGGACCCCCAGCGCUGGGACCGACCCGACGAGUUCCGCCCCGAGCGCUUCCUGGCGGAGGACGAGACCCUCCUGCGCCCGGACGGCUUCAUCCCCUUCCAGACGGGCAAGCGCAUGUGCGUCGGCGACGAGUGGGCCAGGAUGAUGCUCUUCUUGUUCAGCGCGGGCAUGCUGCAGCGCCUGCAGCUCUCGCUCCCGGACGGCGUCGAGGCGGACCUGGAGGGCGUCUGCGGCAUCACUCUCACCCCCAAGGACCAGGCGCUGCGGUGCGUGGAGCGGCAGUUGCGAAAGAAAUAAAUCCGAGAUCUCAAAAA